UUUGUAGUAGAAGUCAAUUCAAGCAGGUGGAUGAGUUAGGGUGAUAUCUUGGUGCAGAACUGUCCUUCCCCAAAAGACAGAGAGAUAUAAAGUCAUAGUGCAACGGGAACAGAGAAGACUCCAAGGGUAGAAAGUUUCGAGCUUACCAAUGGUGGACCAAAGAAAUUACAGAGAGGGAGGGAGACCGAGAAAGACGAGAGGGAGCGAGGAAGAAGAAGUUAAUCGGAGGGCAUUUUCCUUGCAUGCAACCGGCGAUCUUGAUCAAGACUGGGAUUCCUGGAUAGAUAUAAACAUUAAGAAUGUCAAGAGAAGCCAAGAGGAAUGGACAUGGCCAGAUACACUUGCAGUAACCUGUUGGUUCAUCUGGAAAUGGAGAAAUUUACAAAUCCACAGUCCAGACGUGGAACUUCCGGUGAAUAGAAUACAGCGUAUCUUCGGUUUCCUGGACACUUAUAACCAUGGGAGAUGUUUUGAUGCUCUACAAGACACAAAAGAAGAAACCACUCUAGUGACCUGGGCACCCCCUCCUAAAAGCUGGUGUAAAUUAAAUUCAGAUGGGACUGUUUCAACAGAUGGCUUAGCAGGGUGUGGAGGAGUUCUUCCAUACAUCUGGGACAAUACGACGUGGUAGAAGCAGAAACUCUCGGAAUUCUUGAAGGGCUGCGAAUUAGCUGGUACAUGAGAUUCAGGAAAAUAGAGGUUGAAUCAGAUGCUGUAAAAGUGAUAGAGGCGCUGAAAAAGAAUGUUGCAGUCACAGGAUAUACUCAUCUUCAAGCUCAAAUCAAUGAAGUAGUCAAUCUACCGCGCU